UAGGCAGCAAAUGGGUCCCCCUAGUGGACCAUUCCUGCACCCACAAUAGGCCAGCGAGGCUCCACACCUAGGCUCACAGGGAAGUAAGCCACCCACACUUACACAAACACCAAUUUCCCUUUUAUUAGCUCCUCUUUCUGUUUCUCCAGAUCCGAAGGCAGUGAUGGAAAUAAACAGGACCUCAACUGAGAUGCUAGUUGACACUGGGGCUACUGUUUCUACCCUAACUCCCUCUGAUGCAGCUGCUGCUAAGGUUGUACCCACCACAGAAACCCUAAGUACCAUAGGAGUGGCUGGAAUUACACAACAAAAUUAUGUCUCAAAACCUGCUGCAGUGUCCUUUCAGGGUCAAACUCUGGAGCACUCUUUUCUACUUAUGGGCGACAACUCACCAGUAAGUUUAAUGGGAAGAGAUUUAUUAGGUAAGUUAAAAGCCACUUUGGUAUGCCAUGCUAAUUUUGUUGAAUUACAGCUCCCUCCAACUUCCCAGAUGUCCUUGACAGUUAGCCAGCCUGGACUUUUCUACAGCCUAAUGUAUAAUGACUUUCAGUCAGAUAUUAUUAUAGGAAGCAUGGUGCCUUUUACCUUUGAUCUAUUGCAGGAGUUUCUCUCAGACAGCCCAGACCUCCCUGAUGUUUCCUCAGCUUGUAUCCCUCCACACCGCAUGCACUGGACUUUGCACGUUGACCCUACAGGACGAGACCUUGAGUAUUUCCAUCACUUUUCUCCCUUUUUAGGACAGGCCUGUAGUGUUUUUGCGUGCACCAUUUUGCUGUGUAAGCAGGGGGGUGCCCUAUUGACACAUCAAUUGGGCCCAGUAGCCUCCAGCUUGUUCCAGCAACCUGACUCCGCACCACAUCUGACUCUCUACACCUGUGAAGGUUACGAGCCUAAAGACUUAGGUCCCAUAGCAAAGACCUUACAGACUCUGACUCCAACCAUCUCACAUUUGUACCAAGGAAUGGUGUACUCCCACUAUGAGGACGUGGCAUGGACAGUGACAGUAGAUGACUCAUGGUUAGCUGAUGACGAAGAUCCUGUAUGUACCAUUUCACCUUUCAAAAACACUAACAUGUCUCACCCUCUUUCUCUGUUUUCAGUUUCUGUUCCUCCUCAGUCCCCUGCCACAGCGGGAGUCCCAGACACAUUGUGGUCUCAGUACUCUAAUGAGUGUGGCCUAAUGUUGUCUCACCCUCCUGUGUCAAUUCUUGUAAAACUAGGUCCUGCUCCCAGAAAACAACAGUACCCCCUCUCACAGGCUUCUCUGGAAGGCAUUAAGCCCGUCAUCACUACCCUUUUAAAACAAGGAAUUUUGGUGCCGUGUCAGAGCCCCUGUAACACCCCUAUUUUACCUGUUAAGAAACCUAACUCCCCUGAUUGGCGCUUUGUUCAAGAUCUCCGCCUGAUCAAUGACUAUGUGGCUCCCAUGACUCCUGUAGUACCCAGCCCCACCACCAUCCUAACCUCUAUUCCUCCCUCUACUCAGUGGUACUCUGUUGUUGACCUCUGUUCUGCUUUUUUCAGCAUCCCUGUCUCCCCAGAGUCCCAGUACCUGUUUGCUUUCACCUACGGUGGGCAUCAGUACACGUGGACUCGCCUCCCACAAGGUUUUAUUCACAGCCCCACUCUUUUUGCCCGAGCCCUUCUUACAGAUCUAGCUGACGUUCAACUCCCUGGAGGCAGUGCCUUGAUCCAGUACGUGGACGACCUGUUGGUAGCCAGCCCCACCAAAGAGGCAUGCGAAACGGACACAAGAGCUCUGUUGUUGUCAUUGGCUGAGAAGGGACACAAGGCCAGCGCCACGAAAGCCCAGCUGGUGCUACAAGAAGUGACCUACCUGGGCCAUGUUCUCAAAGGUAACACCCGCCAAGUCAGCAGUAAACGUGUUUCUGCUGUUUUGAACAUUCCAAAACCCCACACCAAGAAGCAGCUGAAGUCGUUCCUGGGUAUCCUCGGGUACUCCAGACCAUGGAUCAUGGAUUUUGCCCCUCGAGCCAGGCCCCUUCAAGACAUGCUCCUGCAGGCAGCUCCUGAGCACCUCCAAUGGACGGAGGAUGCAGAGACAGCGUUCACUGACUUAAAACAAGCACUUUCACAGGCCCCGGCGCUGGGUCUCCCUGAUUACAGCAAACCUUUCCAGUUGUACGUUCACGAACGCAAUGGGUUUGCCUCUGGUGUUCUCACUCAACAACAUGGCUCUAACAAACGCCCAGUAGGUUACUAUUCCACACGCCUUGACAACACUGAGCUGGGUUUGCCCCCGUGUCUCCGAGCUGUGGCGGCUGCUGCUUUCAUGGUAAGAACCGUGUCUGAUCUGGUACUGGACUCUCAGUGUGAACUUUAUGUUCCUCAUGCAGUGAGUGCUCUGCUUACCAGAGCCAGCACACAACACCUUUCCGCAGCCAGACAGAGUCAUUAUGAAUUGUUGCUGCUGUCUAUGCCUAAUCUUACUAUUCACAGAUCUCCAACUCUCGAUCCCUCUUCUCUCCUUCCUACUGCUGCUGACGCUCUUCUAGAAACCUGCAGGGCACCCUUGAUUCAGGUUGGGCUGUAGUUUCUCCCACUGACACCCUUCUUUCAGGUUCGUGAAGGACAACCACAACCCCUGAACGAACCAGGACAUUCACUGCAACCAGGUGACUACGUGGCUAUAAAGAUCCACCAAAG